AUGAUUGGACGUGCUAUUAGGUCUUUCUCCUUCGACCUGCCAUUCCUCCUCUCUCAUACCAUUGGCCUGCAGCUGCGUGCGCUGGAGAGUGGCGCUGGAGAGUGGCGCUGGAGAGUGGCGCUGGAGAGUGGCGCUGGAGAGUGGCGCUGGAGAGUGGCGCUGGAGAGUGGCGCUGGAGAGUGGCGCUGGAGAGUGGCGCUGGAGAGUGGCGCUGGAGGGUGGGGCUGGAGAGUGGCGCUGGAGAGUGACGCUGGAGAGUGGCGCUGGAGAGCAUCCGAGUCGUAUCCACAGCUGGGCGGGCUCCUAUCACAGGACAGCGCAACCAACCCCUUGUUCCACGGGUGGAACCUGGUGUGGGUGGUGUACUGUGACGGUGGCGCCUACAGCAGCACGCGGGGGAGGGCGGACCUGGGGGAGGGCACAUCGGUGUACAUGCAGGGGUGGCAGAUUCUAGAUGAUAUUAUAACUGGUGGGCAGCAGAUUGUAGAUCAUUUAACCACUGGUGGGUGGGGAGGGGAAGGGGGAAGGAUAAGGAAGGCGUUGGGGGCCAUGGAGAAGAAUCUGUGCACGCAGAGGGGCAUGGGGGCGGCGUUGCAUGUCCUCUACUCGGGCAGCUCAGCGGGCGGCCAUGCCAUCAUCAUGCACUGCGACCGCCUCGCUGCUGCCUUCCCCCACGCCAAAGCCACCUGCCUUGCCAACUCGGGCUUCUUCGUUGACGCCAAGGACCGCUUUGGGGUGUACUCGUGGCGGGAAUCCAUUCAGCAGCUUACCGCUCUGCACCUCAUUGAAGUUCCCAAAUGCCCUGCAGGUGCACAAGCGAGGGACUACUAG